AUGGCCCCCAAGACCGCCACGAAGUCCAACAUCAAGACGAAGCACGUCGUCGACUUCUCCCGCCCCGCAGGCGACGGUCUCUUCGACGGUGCCGCGUUUGAGAAGUACCUCCACGACCGUAUCAAGGUCGAUGGAAAGCCCGGCCAGCUCGGGGACAAAAUUAAGAUUCACCGCGACGGCAGCAAGCAGGUCACUGUGACCGCUACUAUCCCGUUCUCGAAGCGCUACCUCAAGUACCUCACCAAGAAGUUCCUCAAGAAGCAGACUCUGUCCGAGUUCUUGCAUCCUGUUGCGACCACCAAGGAGGGCUUUGUCAUCAAGUACUAUAACAUUGCCGACCCCAAUGAGGAGGAUGACGACGACGAGUAG